UCCAAGAAAUUUUCUAGAAUCCUUCAAGACAAGCUGCCCACAACAAACUUGCAUUCGGAUUAAUUUCCUGCGCCUUCUGCUCCUGUUUCUUCAAUUCUUCUUUCCGUUAUCCUUUCUUCCACGUUUUUACCCGCAUCCUUCUCUCUCCGCGCCUUUCCUUCAUUACUCCAUCAUAUUCUCUCUCUCCUGUGUCUCUGCUAUUCUUUCUGUGAGCAAUGACAAAUGAUCUGAUUCUUCCGUCCGAAUGUGCCGCGCCGCCGGCGUCAUUCGUCGUCGCUGCUGUCUCCAAUGAUGACGACUGCACUAUUUGUCUGGAGCCGUUCAGCUGCCGCGAUCCACGCACUGUCGCCGAGUGUACGCAUGGCUAUCACUUGCAGUGUAUACUUGAAUGGUCUCAAAGAAGCGAAGAAUGCCCUAUUUGUUGUAGGCAGCUUGUCUUGAAGGAUUCUGCCAGCCAAGAACUGUUAGCUGCAGUGGAGUUUGAGGGGAAUGCAACAUCAAGACACAUUGAACAUAGAAUUCCUGAAGUAUAUGAAGCCAACAAUCUGGUUGAUGUGGGUGCUUCUCACAUUGAUGAUUCUGAUUUUCAAGAGAGGAUUCUGCACCAUCCCUCCGGCUCAGGCGUUACCAACAGAGCAUGUUCUGGUAACAGUAGGAGAAGGCAGAUAUCUUCAAGAGUUGGUCAGGGAUCUUUUCCUGUUGGAGCUAGUUCAGAUAUGCACCAAGUGACUCAAAGGCCAGUUGAUGAAUUUGGGAAUGGUCUACCGGCUUCUGGGAUUUCAUCUACAUCUUCUUCAGGCGUUUCAUCUGUUGCAAAUGUAGCAUCUGGUGCUGCUGUCUACAAAGGUGGUUCAGUUGGCCUCGGCAAACCAUCACCUGAGAAUCCCCAGAAACAAAGCCCACCUGAGUUUCUUCACCUUCCAGGGUCUAUAAAAUCUAAAUUGUUUGAUGCUUCACCCAGGUACAAUGAAUCAUUCUCUAAAAACACGCAAAGGUUCAAACGGAAAUUACAAGCUAAUAAUAACUCUGUCAAGGAACUUGGCAGAGAAGUGCAGCGUGAGAUGAGUGUAAGCAUUGCUGGUUUGGCCAAAAUGGUUGAACGACUUGAUCUUAGCUCAAACAAGGGUGGUGGUGUUUCAAGUCCUCUACGCUACACAAUGGGAAGGGAACCUCAAACUUUAGGCAGAAAGGAAAACCUCAGCAAGAGAGUAUAAUUCCUAAGUUGCAUGAUGUUUAUAAUUGGUAAUAAUCAUCUACAAGGAGGACUAAUAGAACCCCAUUAUUCUCCAAGACUCCAACAUAAUUCCAAGUCAACCCUGAAGGUUCUGGGGGGCAGGUAUACAAAUUUUUGUAGUAAAAAUCUCCAGUUCAAAUCUUGAAGAACCUCCAUAUUGUUGUUAUUUCAAUAACUUGGAGAUGCCUGGUUUUUUCUCCAAAGUUUUAGAACAGUUUCACCUUUUAUUUAUUUAUUUAUUUUUUCUAAAUAUGCAGUUGUACAAAGCAUCAA